GAGGGCGCAAUGGCUGGCGAGCGCAUGCGAUCCGUGCUGUGGACCGACGGCGGGCUGCAGCUCAUCGACCAGCGCAAGCUGCCGACCGAGCUGGUGCUGAUGCGCUGCGAGACGGUGGAGGCCGUCACGCAGGCCAUCGCCGACAUGGCCGUGCGCGGCGCCCCGGCCAUCGGCGCUGCCGGCGCGUUCGGCCUGGCGAUCGGAGCCAAGAGCUUCCCGGCCACCGGCAGCAGCACCAAGGAGGACGUGCUCAAGGCCGUGGAGCAGGCCAAGGCCACCAUCGACGCGGCCCGGCCGACGGCCGUCAACCUCACGUGGGCAACGGAGCGCGUGGUCAAGGAGCUGCGCGCCAAGGUGCAGCAGGACGUGACGGUCGCCGAGCUGGUGGCGUACACGCUAACGGUGGCGCAGGCGCUGGCCGAGGAGGACGUGGCGAUCAACAAGCGCCUGAGCGAGUUCGGCGCCGAGGUCGUCCCCCAGGGCGCCAACAUCCUGCACCACUGCAACACUGGCGCGCUGGCCACCGUGGACAUCGGCACCGCCAUCGGCGUCAUCUAUGAGUGCCACGCGCAGGGCAAGAACGUCCACGUGUGGGUGGACGAAACGCGCCCGCGUCUGCAGGGCGCGCGCCUCUCGGCCUGGGAGCUCAUGCGCGAGGGCGUCCCCAUCCACCUCAUCGCCGACAACGCGGCCGGCUACCUCAUGCUGGCCGGCAAGGUGGACGUCGUGCUGUUUGGUGCCGACCGCGUGGCGGCCAACGGCGACGUGGUCAACAAGAUCGGCACGUACAAGCUGGCCGUGGUGGCCAAGGAGAACAAGGUGCCGGUCUACGCGUGCGUGCCCACGAGCACCAUCGACCUCAACUUCCUCGAGGGCAUGGGCAUCCCCAUCGAGGAGCGCAGUGCCGACGAGGUGGCCUGCAUCCGCGGUGUGCGCGUCGCGCCUGAGGGCUGCCCCGUGUACAACCCCGCGUUCGACAUCACGCCGAACCGCUACCUGACGGGCAUUAUCACGGAGGAGGGCGUGUGCUACCCGCCCUUCGAGCAGAGUCUCGCCAAGGCCGUGGCCGCUGCCGAGAAGCGUCGCGCCCAGGCUUAAUGAGAUCAAUGAACGUGGACUCUGCGGGGAGGGUCUAAGGAC